ACCUCACAGUCAGUCGGACAAUUUCUGUAGACGUGGUGCAGAGACUGCCAGGACUCGCGAAUUUCCGGCCGUACUCGUGUCUUGAAGAUCCCUGAGAGGAGUAUUAUGAAUCCGUAGUCUCUGAGCAUGGUUCCCUUCGUCGCGAGAUGCCUUGAGGCUGCCUGGGCGUCCUAAGUCUGGACUUCUGCCUAGCCGAUUAGGCUAACCUGUUGGAGUUAAUCUCAUCAUAGUAUCCUGUUUUCGUCCGAGGGCUAUUCUGUUGAAGUCUACAUCAGAAGGCAGCAAUGAGCUCGGUUAACCUCUACCUUUCUCAAAUGCAGCGAGUGACGGAGAAGCCGACGCCAGCAGCAAAGGCAGAAUCCUCACCAGCCGAUUCAUCGAGAGCAACGGCAGCUGCGAAAUUCGUUCCAGGAACAAGGAUAGCCUCGUCGCAGUUUCCCGCGGAGUCUAUUUUUAAGGCGCCUAAAAAAUCACCUGAGACAAGGUUAGCUUCGUCGCAGAUUCCGGCGGAAAUUCCUGGAGACGCGGCACCUGGCGCAGAGCAGUCAGGGACAGAAGCAGCCACAGUCGGGUCGCAAGAGUCUGCCGGAGGCGUUGACGGUAACGUUAACGAUGACGGAUCCAAACGGCUGUCCGUCAGGGAGAUGAGGAAUCGGUUCAACGCGACGAGCGAUCAGGUGCCGUUAGCGCCAAAGGCGUCCAUGCGUCAGAGCGGAUCGACGGCUGUGGAUUGGGUGACCAAAGGCGGGAAAAACGCCGUGCACUGGGGCGACUCGAAGUUCGUCCCCAGACCGGGUGUACGGGAGGGGGGGCAUGCUGCUGCAUCCACGUCGGCAGCCACGUCUGCAGCCACGUCCUCAACUGACAGCAAUACUGCUGCUGACCCUGCUGCUUCUGCUGCCGCAGGUGAGAGUAAUAGCAGCAACAGUAGCGACAAAGGCGGCGACACCAGGAGCAGCGACAGUAACAGCAACAGCGGCGGCAGUAAUAGCGCUGGCGACGCCACGUGGGAGGCUCGGAUUCGCCAGCUGGAAGCGCAGCUAGAGAAGGCGAACGUGGAAACAGCUUUCCUGAGAGCGAGGAACAUGGAGCUCCAGGCCCAGCUGAAAGCACGGGAUGGAGAGUUGCACGUUCAGAUGGUUAGGGCCAGACUACCGGCCUCUACAGCGGCAGUGAAAGCAGCGGUGGAAGCUGGGAUGAAAGGAGGAGUGGGAGAGAAAGGUGGUGCAGGCGCGGCAGAGAGUGGCAGUAGCAGCAGCAGUGAUGAGAGGAAGAGUGGGGAGACUGCUAACCGGAGCAGCAGUGGCAGCAACAGCGGCAGCGGCGGCGGCGGCAUCAGCGGUAGCAUGAGUGGUAGUGAUGACAGUGGGAGCGAGGGUACUGUGACCGGCAAAGGAGAGGACAGGGGUACCGUUGAAGUUGAAGGCAGUGUCGCUGGCAGCAACAGCGGGACGGCGUUGGAAAUGCGGCUGGCAGCAGCUCACGCACGGAUAGCUGUGCUGGAGAGACUACUCAAGUCUCGCGCCAACCACUCCACUCUCCCCCGCCUACCCUCCGCCUCCUCCCCUUGGGUGCGCAUCCCUCGCCCGCCCAUGCCAUCCCCCACCUCGCAACCCCCAGUCAAGCCCGAAUUCCCAUCCACAAAUCCUGUAGAACAAGAGCCUAGAGACAGUGGUGGUGUGCUAUGGGGAGCAGGCACACGGGUGGAAGGUGAGGGGUGGAGACGGGAGGGGGCCUCAGGGAGCCAGCAGUCAGCUGCAGAAGCUGCUGGCGGGUUGAUUGCAGGGGUGGAGAGGAUGGUUGCAGGGGUGGAUGCUGGGACGGUUACAGGAAUGGGUGUUCAGACUGGCACAAUAGCGAGCUGUGCUGGUACAGGGCGGGAUAAUGGUGGGGUGGAGUGCGGAGGGAUGGAGCGCGGUGGGGUGGUGCUGGUGGUGCGGCCGUGGGACAGUGAGGGGGUGGCUCGACUGCAGCAGGAGCUGGCAGAGGCACGGGCGGUGCAGAGGGGGACAGCGGGCAAGCUGAGGGAGGCGGAGCAGCAGCUGGGGCGCCUGGCUGCUGUGCGAGAUGAGGGUUACCACCACACGUUUGUUCCGGUGCGCCAUGUGUACACUCGCAGCUGGGUGUAACGACGCGCCAGUACCAGUAUCUGCAACUUUACAACCUCCCCCUGUUCACAAGGGCACAACCUCCUUUACGAAAUGCAUGGCCUUAAACUCUCACAGCAAUGCAUGGUGCACUCUGGCUGGUCUCACACCGGAUAAGGCAAUGGGAUUCCAACUACCGUGCUUUCAUUCUGUGAAGUACACUUGGAUUGAAACCACACAAUACCACAUCGUCCACACUGCUGCAUCAUGCCUUGAUGCAGUCACCACCAAUUAUAAUCACAUGAAACCCCCUCGUACAAUCACACACUGCCUUCAUGCGUUUGUGCCCUG